AUGUAUCUGGAAUGUUACCAUAAUAAAUCGAGUCAUAAACAAAUAACUUUCGGAAGUUUUCAUAAUAUUUUCACUAUGGAAAUCACGGAAAAUCCAUCAAAACGGUGCUUAUUCAUUCAGUAUUUGUGUAAAAGGAUAGCUGAGUUUCACAAUGAAGCUUUGGAGCAUGAAAAUUCAGUACCAAGAUGCCAAAUGUGCUCAGAAGAACCAAGUGAAUUGACGUAUAUUAAGAAUCAACUCUUCCUCAUAGUAAAAAUUAACUUCCAACCAAAGGACGAAGAAAAUCCUCUCUACGAUGAAAGCGAAUGUAAAUCUGAGUCCACAGACAGUACUUUUGAUAUACUGCAAAAUGAUAACUCCAAAGAUGAAGCGGAAGAAGUCCUAACUAUCCCUUCUGAAAAUCCGGAAUUUGUUGAAGUAAAAAUUGAGGACACACCGGUUUUACAAGAUAUUUCAUUAAAUAGGGCAUCCGCGAAAAACCGUGCGGAAAAAUUACAUGCUGAUAAAGGUUGUGAAUGCGAAUACUGUGGCAGAAUAUUUGUGAGGAAAGGAAAUCUCGCCAUGCACUUCAAAUCUCACUGCAAGGAAAAAGUAAAAUUGAAAAUCACUGACAGACUAAAAGCUAGGAAUAGCAAAAGCAAAUCUCUGAAGGAAGUGAAAAUUGAUAAACAGAAAUGCCUCCUGUGUCAAAGAACCUACAAAAGAAAACAUGAUUGUACCUCGGAGCGUCCCAAGGCUUCCAAUAUUAUUUCUUGUUCAUAUUGUCCGGAGAAAUUUUCUACAUACAAAAAAAUUUACCUUCACCAUAAAGCCAAUCAUCCGGAUAAGCCACGGCCCCUAUCACCAUAUCAGUGUGAUAUUUGUGGGACAUUUGCUUUACAUUUACACGCUCUCAAGAGACACAUGUCUAUUCAUAGUGGUGAUAUGCCUUUCAACUGUGAUAUUUGUCACAAAGACUUCCGGACACGGUAUCAAUUAACGGAGCACCAGAGAAAACAUAUUCCUAAGGCUGAAAAGGAUGAUAAGUACAAAUGUGACAUAUGCCAAAAGAAGUUCAAAUUCAGACAAUCUCUAAAGAAGCACAAAGAUCAUCAGCACACAAAUAGUCGAAAACUCUAUCUGUGCAACUUUUGUGGAGGAAAAUUUGUUAGUGAAGCCACUCUUUUGCAUCACCAAACAACUCACGAUGGAGAAGCUCCCCGUACCCACAAAUGUGACCAAUGUGGACGAAUUUUUGAGAAACUCAAGUAUUUCAAUCAUCACAGAAAAAUUCAGCACAAUAUUUACACAGACCUAAUGCUGAAUCCAAAAAAUAAGAAAAAGAACAAGUAGGGCAAUGUUGAAAUAACAAAAAUAUGUAAAAUAACAAUUUUACAAAAAUCUAAAAUCUUUUUUUUAUUAUUAAUUUUUUAUUGAAAUGCAACGUUCUUUACAUAUUUGAAACUUAGAGAAUAUUACAUACGUGUAGAGAAAGUAAAAUAUUCCAUUCUUCCACUGGAAGUGCUAGAAUUGCAAGAAAACUUGUGCCAACAAUAUUUUGCAUUACAUAGAAUGGUAUACACAAUACACACACUUUUUACUGGCGUACAUGUCAAAGUGUUUUUUACAAUGGAAAUCGAGCAUAAUUCAUUAAAACGUUGCUAUUUUUUGCAGUAUUUGUGCAAAAGGAUAACAGAAAUUCACAAUGAAGUGCUUGAACAUGAAAAUUCAUUUCCAAAGUGUGAUAUUUGCACGGAAGACACAAAUGAACUUUCAUUCAUCAAAAACCAACUUUUCUUGAUCGUGAGAAUAAAUUUUCAACCCAAGGAUGAAGAAGCAAUCGUAGACGUGGAAUGUGAAAGGAAAUCUGAACAGAAAAGCAGUGCCUGCAACGUAGGAUCAUAUGAAAUCACCAAGGAAGAAUCUCAGGACUCAUCUGCAGAUUCUGGAGGUUGUUCCCCAUCGUUUGUUGAUGUGAUUGAAAAACAACAAGACGAACUUCAGACUGAUCUUCAAAAUUAUACAAGAAAGAGAGAUCGUAGAUCCAAAGGGAUUUCUGACAAACAAACACAUAACAACAGGACAACAGCAGAAACUAAAAGUACACUCAGUAGCUUGGAAAAGACAUCAGAUUAUCAAUGUGAACAUUGUGAAAAGACGUUUAAUCGGAAAAGCAGUUUAAUUUUGCAUAUAAAAUCUCACCUUAAAAAAAUUAAUGUUACAAAAAGGAGUAAAAACUCUGAAGCAUUUAACGACAAUGAUGAUACAGAAGAUGAAGACAGAAAUUCAGACAAACAAAAAUGCGCUUUCUGUCACAAGGUAUACAAAAGAAAGCACAGCUGUAAAUUACUAGAACCAAAAGUACGAACUUCAUUUCCUUGCGCAUAUUGUCCGGAAAUAUUUUCCAUAUACCCAAAAAUCUAUCAACAUCACAAAAUAAACCAUCCAGACAAACCGAAACCAAUUUCACCUUAUCAGUGUGAAAUAUGUGGGGCAUUUGCAUUGCGCAUUUAUGCACUUAAACGACAUAUGGCAACUCACACUGAUUAUGCCCCAUUUGCGUGUGAUGUUUGCCAAAAGAAGUUCCGGACUCGCCAACAUCUUGAGGAACAUAAACGAAAGCAUAUUCCAAAAGCUGAAAGAGAUGAUAAAUACAAGUGUGACGUGUGUCAAAAGAAAUUCACGUUUAGGCAGUCCUUAGUGAAGCAUAAAAAUCUUCAGCAUACGGGCAACAGAAAAUUGUAUCCUUGCAAUUUUUGCGGUGGGAAUUUCAUAAGCGAAAUUUCGCUACAGAAGCAUCAAACAUCUCACGAAGGAGAAGCACCCCGUGCCCAUAAAUGCGAUCAAUGCGGAAGAAUUUUCGACAAGCUAAAAUAUCUUAAUCAUCACAGAAAAAUUCAGCAUAAUAUUUUCACAGAUUUAAUGCUAAAACCUAAAACAAAGAAGAAGUAAAUAUACAAUAAGCACGAUAUUCUUGUUUCUCAAAAUAAAAUAUUUAAAAGCGAAAAAUUGUCUUAAACAGUCUUAAUUUUAUUUAUUUUUUACUCGAAAAAUUAAAAAUCUUUUGAAUAUUACAUGAUGUAAUUUAACUUGUUGGAAUAUAUUGGAAAUAUGUAAUGCACUUUGGAAAAUAGAUGUAUCUGGAAUACUGGAAAUUGUUUAUAUUCCAAACUAAAAUGUGUAGUUGAAGGGACAUCAAAGGUGCCUAAUCAUGGAAAUUGAAGAAAAUCCUGUAAUUAUAUGCAAUUUUAUUAAGAGUUUGUAUCAAAGAGUAACUGAAAUUCACAAUGAAGUAAUUGAACAUGAAAAUUCAGUUCCUAAAUGUGAAAUAUGCUCGGAAAAUGUUAAUGGAAUCACCUCAAUCAAAAAUCAACUUGUUUUCAUCAUGAAAAUUAAUGUAAAAAUAAAGGAAGAAGACAAUGCAACUAAAGAUAUUCUUGAGGAAGGUAAUUUAACAAGAGAACAAUGUAAAGUUAUCAAAGAAGAACAAGACUAUAUUGUUGAAAACAGCGAUGAAUGUUGUGCAAAUUUUGUUGCCAUUGACGACUUUACAGAUAGUACUAGAGACGGCAAUAACUCAAAUUAUGCGUCAUUUUCCAAUACUAAAGAUCAUUGCAAAAGAUCGAGUAAUAAGGAAAAUACUUACAAAAGAUCUUUGAACAAAAGUAUUCCAGAAAUGGUUAAGAAUAAAAUAUUCUAUGAAUGUGCACUGUGUAAUACAAAGGUAUCUAGAAAAUGUCAUCUUGCUCUUCAUAUGAAAAGUCACAUGAAAAAUAAACAAGGAUCAAGAAAGAGAAGGCACAAAGGACAACAUUCGAAUAAA